ACUAAAUAUUUCUGUUGAGUAUUCAAGAUGUUUAAUGUCGCUCUCGCAAGUUCUGGAGCUCAAGUAAGUCUCGCUUCAUCAAGCGACGAGAAACAUCAGCCAGAUUGUAUUAUAGAUGGAUCUCCAAACUCAUUUUGGGCAUCAACUGGUCUCUUUCCACAAGAACUCGUUGUGAGUUUCCAAGGAUUGAUGAGUGUUAGCUCAAUUAAAAUUGAUUGCAGUAGCGUUAAACACUUUCGAAUCGAGAGAAGUGUUAGUAACGACCCGAUAGAUUUUGAACCACUACAUGAAAGAGAAUUGGACAACGCUAAUGACCUAAUUCAGACAGAAGAUCUGCCAGUGUCGAGUGGUUCAGCAAAACAUAUAAAGUUUAUCUUCGAUUCUGGCUAUGAUCACUUUAUAAGUGUGCAUAAUAUUCAAGUCAUCGGUUCAGCCGUCCACAGCUAA